CUCCGGAUGUGUUGGCGGUAGGCUACACGGACUGCGGAAAUGUUCUUACUUAUAUAAAAAAAUGUCCGAUUUGGUCGGAAAACAGGACAGAAAUGAAGACAGGGAUUUAAAGAGGAAGCUGAGACCGGCCAACCAGGUCUGUGGCAAGAAGAGGAUGCAUGAAGAAGAUGAAGUAAAUCGCCGAUUUGAAAUCAAGUUGAAGAAGAAAAGAUGGAACGAGAAAAAGAACUAUCAGAUCUGCUUGACUUCUCUGCUAUGUUUGUGGCUGGAAGCAGUAAGCAAACAGCUGAAUCCUCACAGGUGGAGAGAUUAAAUAAAGAUGGAAAUAAGCCAUCAUGUCAGAAUCAGGAAGGUCAAAGUUCAGCCAAUCAAAAUGAAUUAACAGCAGAACAGAAACUGAAGCAGGGAUUAUGGAACCUAACAUCCCGAACAUCUCCCCGAUUCGAGCCAAUGUGUGGUAGCUCAAGACUCUCUGAUCCCUACAGUUUGAACCCAGCAGGUUUCCUGACUCAACCAUUAUCAGUUAAAAGACAUACGUUGCCUGAACAUAGUAAAACACCAGCAUAUCAACCCCAAGGUGGACUGUCACCUGUAUAUUCCAGCAAAAGGAGACGCAGGGGUCCGCAGAUUUUCAGGUACAGUUUGGAGGAAAAGCUGCCUGAGCAGGAGGCCCAUCGUUCAUUUAAUAUUCCCUCUUCCUCCAGCCAUCCUAUUUAUGAAGAAGUCCAGUCCGGCCUAUAUGAUGAGAAUGUCUCCAAUUAUACCGGGGCAUCCCUUCCUGAAACUCCACAUCAGCUAGGACCAAGUCAGCCUGUUACCCAAGAUCAGUCUGACCAAGACUUUGUCAGACUUCUGAGUCAAAAUUCCACUGGAUCAUCAGGAUCACCUCUCAAGUAUCUUAUUCCUACCAUAGGCUCUACAAGCAGAGGUCAGGUGGGGGUGAAAGCACAACAGUUGUCUGACCACAGAGGAGCACCAACAUAUAUACCCCAAAGUAGAGUGUUACCUAAAUAUCCCAGCAAAAGGAAACGCUCUGAACGCCCUCCAUCACAGACCCCCCUCGUCUCUUUCUCUGCUGAGAAUGUUGCAAGCAGUGACUCAGACACAGACUCAGACACAGAGCAAGAAAAGUUGGUCAAAGGCAGAUACAAGAAGAUUUUCAAGAACAGGUUUGAGGACUGGCUACCUGACCAAAAUGCCCAUCUUUCAUCUAAUUUUCCCUCUUCCUCCACCCAUCCUAUUUGUGAAGACGUCCAGUCCAGCCUUUAUAAUGAUGAAGAUGUCUCUAAUUAUAUUGAGGCAUCCCUUCACGAAACUCCCCAUCAGCUAAGACCAAGUCAGCCUGUUACCCAAGAUCAGUCUGACCAAGACAUUGUCAGAGGUCUGAGUCCAAGUUUGAGUCCUCCCCAUACAGUUUCAUCUCACAUAUUCCAUUCCAGAGACAAGGGCAUGAAAUCAUUAUUUACAUCUCCAUAUCAACAUGAAGGUGGACUGUUACCUGAAUAUCCCAGCAAAAGGAAACGCUCUCGAAGCUGUCCAUCAGAGACCCCCACCUUCUCUUUUUCUGCUAAGCAUGUUGAAAGCAGUGACUCAGGCACAGACUCAUGCACAGACUCAGCCACAGAGCAAGAAGAGUUGGGUAAAGGCAGAUUUGAGGAGAUUUUGGGGCUCAGUUUUGUGAAAAAACUACCUGACCAGUUGUCUGACAACAGAGAAACACCAGGAUGUCAACCCAUAAGUGGACUAUUUCCAGUAAUUACACCAGGUUUUAGUUCUGUAGACCCUCUCCUACCUCAACCUUAUCAAGUUAGAAAGAGGACUUACUCAGGUCUGCCAUUGUCUUCUCUUUCCAGUCAUUUUCAGAGGGGACUGCCCGAUGGAAAAGCACAUCCUCCCCAUAUAGUUUCAUCUCACAUAUUCCAUUCCAGAGACAAGGGCAUGAAAUCAUUAUUUAUAUCUCCAUAUCAACAUGAAGGUGGACUGUUACCUGAAUAUCCCAGCAAAAGGAAACGCUCUCGAAGCUGUCCAUCAGAGACCCCCACCUUCUCUUUUUCUGCUAAGCAUGUUGAAAGCAGUGACUCAGGCACAGACUCAUGCACAGACUCAGCCACAGAGCAAGACGAGUUGGGUAAAGGCAGACUUGACCUGUUGUCUGUCUACGGAGACGCCCACCACCAACAGCCUUGGAGCUCCUCCUGUUUGGAGACACAUACCACAGACACAGAGAGCAUGAACAUAAAUCUCUCUGUCCCUUGCUGUGCAGGGUCAGUAGAUCAAACUAUUCUGAAAGAGCUAGGAGGAGGGUUACUCUCAGACAUCAGUGACCUUUUUGGCCUAGUUCCUCCCCUUCCAACACCUAUGCCUUCAACUCUUUCUGGUUUUGAGGAUCAAUCUUCUCAACCCCUCAGGAGUAUACAACAAGGAUGUAGAUUUGUUGGUUUAAACAGGGAGGACAUAGUAGACAGAGGCACAGGCAGCAGCAGCAACUCCAAACCUUCUGACUACAUCCUAACAUGCUCUCCAUCCAGAUCACCAACCACUCUUGACCCAGACUGCCAACAUCCCAGUGUCACUGAAGAAAGCAAGGAGUUAUGGGACCUGACGUCUGAUCUGGAUGUAGUUGAUACAGCUGUGAUCUGCCCCAUCACAAACACCCUGCCACCCUCUUCUCAGAUCCAAACCCGUUACUCCUCCAGUCCUGAUUGGAGUCAAGGAGCUCCUAGAUCUUUCCCUCGUUCUCACAGCUCUCCCUCACUGUGUCACAUGACCUCUGCAGAUAAGAAAACCUUAAGACGAGCAUGUAGCUUACCUGAUCUGCUGUUGAAAACCAGCUGUGAGCAGUUUACACCAGACAUCAGCGCUGAUGGAGACGAUGAAACUUACAGGUUCCAGUGCUCCAUUCCAGGUCUGUACCAGUGCAGUGUGACUAGUCUGGUGUUCCACAUGAAGCGAGAAGGAGACGUGGUCUACAGGUCAGUCACCUGGAACAGGAAGUUACUCUCCCAGCACCAUAAGCAGCCUGCAGGACCGCUGUUUGACAUCAAAUGUGAGCAGCAGAGCAUGUGUCAGCUCCACCUCCCACACUGUGAGAUCCCCUCCACAGGUGGGGGUCUCUUCUUGUCAGUGGCUCAUGUGAAUGAUGAGGGCAUGGAGUUUAUCGUCCCUCAUAAGAUAACGGAGAGUCAUGUCAUCAUAAACGUCUCAGGCUUUUCUGAUUUUGGCAUUGUUAGGGAUGAGGACUCUCCAGCUGUCCCGGUCCGAGCUCUGGUUCUGCUGUUCUACCAGCCCCCGGUUGAUCCUAAACCGAGCUCUCUCCUCAAUGUGUUAAUGCUGCCGAGGAAUGUGGUGCUCCGAGACGUGCUGCGCACCAGGAAGAAGUUAGUUGGAGAUGAGCGCUACACGGAGACGUCUCCAUACUGUAGACUUCACCCACAGCAGGAGUACAGUCUGUCCACGUGUCCUGACGACAACUCGGUUCUAGUGGAACCAACAACAGCAGAGUUUGACAUUGAUGACUUCGACAACUACUUCCCAUCAUUCCAGGUGAGAUUAGAGCAGACCAUGGAUCACAUAAAGCUGUUUCUGAAGCACAACGACAGCUCACUCAGUGUCUGGGAGAGACGAGUCUGUCUUCAGUCCUCUGGAGUCCAAAGGUCCUGUGGACAGAGCGCUCCAAAUCUGCCCUCAUGCCAGAAACUGUUUGAAAUACGGAGCGGCUUCAUCGAGGGGGUAUCAGGACCCGUCCUCAAAAGUGUGCUGGACAAACUGUUUGAGAAAACGGUGAUGACUGACUCUGAGCGGGAAUCAGCAGAAGCGAUACCAGACAAAAGAGACAAAGCUCGUUUUGUUAUCGACACGGUGAAGAAUAAAGGUGGAGCUGCGAGUUCAGAGAUGAUCGAGGCUCUGUGUGACAUUGACCCCUUCCUCUGUGAACACCUGGGACUGAUGUGAAGCUGAUGUGGUAAACCAGUAUCAGUACUGGUGUCAAUAUUGUUGAAUUUUGUAAUGUUGUCUUCAGCAGUUUAAACACAUGCACUAUGUCGUAGUGCACUCAUGAGGCAAAACCAAUGACAUAAUGCAGGAAAUGCAAAUAUUUUGUUCCAUUCUAUACCUGCCUCAUAUACAUUUUUUAAAAUCAAAGAUAAGAAAUAUGUUUUGGGUAUGCAUAGGGAGUUCUGAGUACACACAGAGAGAAAAAAAUCAGUUUUGUUGAGCAGAAGUAUCCUGAACAAGAGGGGAAUGGUUUGAGCACAACACAGGAAAUCUGAUUGUGUCAUUGAAGGUAUGAGUUUAUAGAAAAGCACAAAAGAAGCUUUUAAGGGAAAGGUAAAAAAAAAUGUGAGCACAACAUCAAUAACUCAUGCUCUCAAAAUAUUUAAAGUACUCAUAAUGAAAGCAACGAUAAUAACUUCAUACUUGGAAUGGAUUGACAAUAUGUCUUGAGAUAUCUCCUUACCAUCUACUUAAAGGGGCAGUAUAUUAUAUUUAGCCUAGUAACAUUUAGCAAAGCAAACUUGGUAAAAAUAGAACACAGUAUUUAAAGAUAAAAUUUAAAUCACUCUUUAAUCACCUGACUACAUAAAACUGUUUCACCUGUAUUAGAUUAUGAUAAUAAUAAUUUUACUAAUACAUGGUGAGGGUCCCCUCCACUGACUCUGCCAUAAUGGGUUUUUGGAUCUUACAUGUUUCUGCAGUACCACAGAAAUGACCAAAAAACAAAGGACUUUUUAUUGGUUUCAGUUUCUUAUUUGACAAAUGAAUAACAACCUCCCAGGUGCUCCAGACCCCCCUGUUACAACUACCUAUGUGAGCCAGCAGAGGGAGCCAUUUAAUUGUUGAUAAACAGAAAAACCUAGAGGGUGGAAACAAAUGUAUUAAAGAUUUCAGAGUGGAUUUUAAGCCCAAGUGUUGGAGUUAGUUGUCAUUGUUAAUAGAUUCAGUGUUAAUUCAACUCUGUAGAGUGUCAGUUUAACCAAGCACAGCAGGUGGAGUUUUCCCAUGUGUUUAGAUGUCACCUGUUGUACAGUUAUCACUGCUGGGAUUCCUUUGCUCAUGUUUAUGGUGAAUUAUUGUUGUUUUUUAUGUUAGACACAUCUGCACCAUGAGUGACAUUGUCCAUUUGGUUACUGGCUUCCCACAUGCGGCAUGAAAUGACUUGUGAGCACUAGGGUAUGGAGCAGUGCAGUUAAUGAUCUGUGUGCAUUGACAAAUCGUAAUAAAAAAUAUUUAUAUGGGGUUUUUUCAGUUUAAAAUGUUACAUUUUAUGUUUUUCAUUUUGACAGAUAAUACAUCGUGUAUUAAUUUGUGUGGGACCAGGGUGGCUCAGCUUAGUAACAAGAGGAGCUCCAAGGAGUAAAGGCUGGGAGUCACUGCCUUACAUAAUAAGAUCAUGUCUGUGAAUCUCCAUGGAAGGACCUUCUUUUUACCUGAGUUCAUAUCUUUGUAAGCCAGCAGGGGGAGGUUGAUGUUAAAGUUUGUUACAAAAGUAGCUUGCUAUUAUCUCAAUGAUAAAAUGUUCUUCAAACUUGACUGCAGGGAAACAUGUAUGAUUUAUUUUCUGCAUGCAGGUUCUGAUAUCUUUACCUCAAUACCACUGAAAUGUUUUACAUGAUCUAAGAGAAGUAUUGCUUCAUGAAAUGACUUGACAAAAUCCUGAAAUCCUGCAGUUUCUUGAUGAGCAAAAAUUGAAAUGGCUGUUUAAGUUUGAUGUGUUUAGACUUGCUAUUUGUUUUUCUAUCUCAAAAGCCUGGAAAAAAGACAACAGAGUUUAUUUAACUAAUUUGCUAUUUUUAAGUUUAUCUCUAUUUUCCUUUUCUGUUCUAUAAUGAUGAGAGAACUACUAUGCACUCUGAUCCUGGUUUUGUUUGUAUUCUUGGUGUCAUGGAAGACCAUGUGGGCUGGACAUAUGAUUGUACA